GCAUGAAGUCACUCCUCCUGAGCCGCUUCUUGGUGCUGCUGCCGUGGGUACUGCUGGUGAUCCUCAUGCUGGACAUGGAGAGCCGGAACCGGGCGCCCCGUCCCUCCUCACUCCUCGCCCGGCGGCCCCAGCAGCAGCAGCAGCAGCGGCGGCACGAGGGGGCGUCCCAGUGGCGAGCGGCGGAGGGGCAGCCGCCGGAGCAAGAGGAGCUGCCCAUCAUCUACGCCAUCACGCCGACCUACAGCCGGCCGGUGCAGAAAGCGGAGCUGACGCGCCUGGCCAACACGCUCCGGCAGGUGGCGCGCCUGCACUGGAUCCUGGUGGAGGACUCGGCCGUGGUCACCGAGCUGGUGAGCCGCUUCGCCGCGGGACUCAACCGAGGGGGCGGCCCGCCUUGCACCCACUUGCACGUGCUGACGCCCCGCCGGUACAAGCGGCCCGGGCAGCCCCGGGCCACGGAGCAGCGCAACGCGGGCUUGGCCUGGAUCCGCCAGCGGUACCAGCACGCCAAGGCCCCGCAGCCCGGCGUGCUCUUCUUCGCGGACGAUGACAAUACCUAUAGCCUGGAGCUCUUCCAGGAGAUGCGCACAACCCGAAAAGUGUCUGUAUGGCCUGUGGGGUUGGUGGGCGGACGACGCUAUGAGCGCCCAGUUGUGGAAAAGGGCAAGGUUGUUGGCUGGUACACUGGUUGGCGGGCAGGCAGGCCUUUCGCCAUUGAUAUGGCAGGGUUUGCUGUAAGCCUUCAGGUGAUUUUAUCCAACCCUAAAGCUGUAUUCAGACGCCAUGGGUCACAACCUGGAAUGCAGGAAUCUGAUUUUCUGAGACAGAUUACUACAAUGGAAGAACUGGAGCCCAAAGCCAGCAACUGCACAAAGGUUCUUGUAUGGCACACUAGAACAGAAAAGGUAAAUCUAGCUAAUGAGCCAAAGUAUCACAUGGAUAGUGUCAGAAUUGAAGUAUGAUCUGGA